GUAUAGUGAAGAGGGAAAAUAAAAAAGAAAUAAAAAUGUUUUUUGUUUUUUAUUAUUCGCCCCGGAUGACGUAUUUUAUGAAGCUAAAAAAAAAAAAAAAUGCAUGAAACUUGUUCCUGCCUUAAAAAUUAAGGAGUUGAGAAUGGCCUAAACCAUGGUGGUGGUGAAUGACGGUUUUCGGUGAUGAAUCAUUUUGGUCGUGGCGUGACUCCAAUGCUCCCUAAAAUCUUACUGCAGGGAGAUUUCUUUGGGCUGAUUUUCCCUGUCAAAUUAAUAAUAUUCAGCCUGCUUUCUGCUGCGGUUUAUAUAUAUUUAUAAUAUCGACAAAUCUUUUUUUUUUUUUUAACCGUCUUUUUUUUUUCUCUCAUUAAAAUUUCCCCAUUUUUACUAAAGAAGAUAAAAUGCGAUACGCACCUUGUACACAUUGUGGCUCAGUCAUUGUUUUUGACGCUAACCAACCCUUGUGUGGAAGUUGCGCUCUCUUCAUGGAAGAGGAGCAGACAGAGCAACUUGAGUAUUUACAAUCAGUGAGAGAAGAAAAUGAAGAUUGGGGAUCCGAAGCUGAUCUUGCCGAAGCUGAUUUAUUUGAAGAAGAAAUGCGACAACAAAUGGAAGAAGACGAUCAAAUGUUGUAUGCGGAUAGGUUAAGGGGUAAUACCACGAGUGACGGGCUUUUCCGAAGGAUUUACACAGCUGAAAGUUUACAACAAGAAGAAGAAGAGGAAUUAUAUGAAAAUGAUCAGGAUGACUUUGAUUUUGAUAUGAGCUAUGACGAUAAUAUUCAGGCCAUUCGUGAUGGUCUAUCCACCAGGCGUUUUGAAUUAGCGCUGGAUCGUUCCGCUUUAGCCCAACGCUUGCUCAGAAUAUUUGUCAAUGAAGACGGACUUGAUACUGAAAGCCAGGCCAAAGGCGCUACUGAAUCUGACAUUGCAACUUUAAAAACACGCACCUCCAGUAUGAACGAGCAAGAAUGUGCUAUUUGCACAGAACACUUUAACAACCUAGAGUUGACACAGUUACCAUGCAAGCAUGAGUAUCAUUCUGAAUGCAUUCAUCAUUGGUUAAAGUUGAACGCUUCUUGUCCCAUGUGCCGGCAAUCUAUAUCAACUUCAUCGCAACAAGUGCAGGAAGAACCUGAUCUUAUCAUCUUGAGCAGAGAAACGGCCACUUACAUGCAACAAACGAACUCUCCUUCGUCUUUUAUGGACGAUGUCGAUUAACUCAAUCGACUCACACAACAAAAAGGGGACCGGAGACCUUUCAAAUUAUUAUUUUUUCCCACUCUAUGUGUGUUACCUUCCCAUUUAUACGCAAAAAGAUAUCCCGUCAUAGAGCCGAUUUUUUCGCAAUAACAAUAAAAAGGUUAAAUAAACUCCCAAUGCUUUAAAUCACUAUAAUCCAC